AAGCACCGUUAAAACACACGUUAAUAUCAACUCCGAUUUAUUAGCAGAGUGUUUCGCUAUCAGAAACAGCUAGGUGUGUUUAGUAUAUACAAAGUAAUUCUGCACAAAAUAUGACCCUUCUUCGGCUAAAGCUAAAAAUAGCCUGAGGUUCUGAGAGAGCUGCUCCGAGUGAAGCUGGGGAGUGUGUUGUAUUGUGAAGGAUUUUCUUUUCGGUUUGGACAGGAAUUAAAGAUUGGAUAUAGUCUUGACCUGUAUCCAACAAUGGUUCGACCUUGGAAAAAAGCCACACGAAUAAAAUAAUGAACCAUGUGACCUCGAAUGAACGUUAUCGUUCCCAAGAAAGCCUCGCUUUCAUCAGCUUCUGCUUAUUCCAAGCCAACUAACAAGCACAGCAAAAGAAGUCGCAAGCAUCAGCGUUACCAUGAGCGGAGAACAAGCACCAGCAGCAAUAGCAGCCUCUACAAUCCAAACAAUGACAGGAAACACUCUGUAAAGAAAAGGUCGCGACAUAGGAAAAAUAUGGGGACCUGUACUUCAAAGAAGAAACCGAAAGAAAAUCAAGAGAAGGUGGAAACGGAGGAAGUAUGGAAGAAACGGACAGACGAACCUGUAUCAGAAACGGCAGAAACGGGUUUAUACAAUUUUAGAAGGGAAGAUCCACUGAUAACGGAAUUAAAAUCAGUUCUCCCGAGUAGAAAUAUUGCAGAAAAUGCAAAUUUCCCGUCCACCACCAAAGGAAUCAAAAUGGCGGACGACUCUUCUUCAGGUAGCCAUGGAUUUGUGACACCGUUGUCAACUCCACCAGUCAGAAGAGUCCAGCAUCCAGUAUUCAAGGUCACCACACCUCCGCCAUCCAGAAGAGCUGUUGAACCUGAUACAAAUAAAAUUUCGAGCCCUGUUCUUCGCCGGGUCAGGAAACAAAGUGACGUUGCACCUCCUUCCCCACCUCCGAGAUACAAGGAACUAUUUCAAACGGAAUCUCUUCGAUCAGAUCCACCAGAAGUGAAAACAAAUGAAGAGGCGCCUGAAUUACCUCCUCGCAGGAAUAGACUAGGGAGUAACAAACUUUCGAGCCCUAGUCUCUCAAGAAAAGCAGAAAACAAAAAAGAAUACUUGAAUACACCUUUCAGUAAACCACAGGAAGAUCAAAGCAACACGUUUGAAUUAAAAAGUAAUGGAAAACAAGUCAUAUGUGAAAAUUGUAGUUCUCCUGUAUUAAUAAGAAAAGAUGACCGUGCCCCAACACCUCCUCCUCGGAAAACGCAGACUAAACCUUCUCCGGAAUCUGCUCAGCAUGGUUCACCUUCUGUCCGAAGAGCGUAUCCUGUGUUCAAAAUCGAUACUCCGCCAUCCACAAGACGGAUUAUUGAGACGAAUAAGGAGAUAACAGACAUUAAAAGUAAUGAAAUACCGAAUGAAACAAGUAAUGAAACGCCAUCAUCAUCUCAACAAGCAACAUCUUCUCAAACGUCAAGAGAGAAUGAUUUAUGUAGGCCAAUAUACUCCACGAUUUCAAAGCCAAAAGCAGCUAAUAUUACACCCCCUGAACCCCUUUUAAGGAGAAAAAAUAAUGAAACAGAUGACGCGCUUGUUGUACGUGAUGAUUCUAAGUACCUUGUGAGAAAAGAGAAAACUUUGUCAAUGGAAAUUGAGGAGGAAAACCUUCGUAAUUAUAUGCGGGAACACGCAGGUAAAUCAUCGGCCACAAUGAAUGUGUUACCAGGCCCUGUUCUUGUGAAACAGGUAAAAAUGCCAUCACCCGUCAGGGCAGUGUUAACUGAUGUCCCUCCACCAAGUCCGAAUUCCCUCGACAUUCUAGAAGAAGAGGAAGAUUUAGAGAAUGACUUAGAUGAAGAUAAACAGGACAGAAAAAGUAAAGAGAUGGACCAGUUUACUGAUAGUGUGUGUCAAAGACUUUCUCAACUCUUAGAAACAAAGGAGAUCAUAAAGCAUGAUAAAGAAAACCCUGGUAAUGGUGUCAUCCUGAAAGAUAAUUUAGAUGAUGUUCCUAAUGACACAAUACAUGUCAAUAAGGAAAACACGGAAAUACCAAUCGAAACUGUUCCCCCACCUCCAGAGUAUUUUGACGAUUUUUCUUUAGAUCUCAUGAACAACAGUAAUCAGGGAAUACAUGGUAGCGAGGACAUAAGUGAUAAAAAAGAGGCUGUUGAGUGUCUAUCAAAGGAUGAAAGUGUUCCACUCUUAAAUACAAAUACCGUCAGACAAAAUAUUACACCACAAAAUAAAUUCAAUUAUAAAGACUAUUGUCAGAAUAAAAAACAAACAAGCAAAGGUAUUCAGGAGAAAAUUAACCUGAUAAGUGAGUCGGCUGCUUCAUCUAGUCGUGAAGAUCCAGAUGGGGUAUCAGAUAAAGUUGUAAUCGAGGAGAGUAUUGUACCUAUUUCAAUUAAACGAAGGAGCUACGAACCCUAUGCCCAGGAAAGGCAGUCUGAACUGUUAUGUGAUGUAAUUCAGUCCUAUGCAAAGCCUGAAGAAUCCGAUAUAGAAAAAAUUAUGGAAGAGCCUGUCGUCAGCAAGAGCUCGGUUAACCUACAAGAAAAGAAAAAGAAAUCUUCCUCUCUUGACAGGAAACCAUCAAAACUUGAUCAGUCACUGAAAAAGCUGUUUGAGGUUCCCGUUAAGGAAGACACGUACGACAAGCUUCUUCCUUUGGAGUCUUUCCUCGAUGACGUUACAGAUCAACCGUUAAAGUCUGAAGGAACACUUCCUUUUGAUCCAUAUGAUUUGGAUGAAAGGUUAAGAAAUAGAAGAGUCCUAGGUGGGCGACAUUCUGUUACAAGAACAGAAUCUGACAUUGAUAUAUCAGAGCCAGGCGACUGGAGAGAUGAUAUAAGUUCUGACAGCAAUCAGGCGGAUGAUGAAGAUGAGAUAGAAAGUGGGGAGGUAGUUUUCAGCAAAUCUUUCCCGGAUACUCGGAGAUAUUCAGUAAAACGGCAGGGACGGGACAUUAAAUAUGACGCUUCUGUUCAACACGGAACAUUCCAGGAUGAAAUUGAUGAUAAUGAUGAUGAUGUUUCAGACGAAGAGUACGAUGAUGUUGAAGAUUAUGAAAUUGAUGACGCAGAAGAAGACGAGGACUUGUGGAUCGACGAAAACACUCCGGAAAAACGUGAUUUGGAACCAUUGACAUUUGGAGCUGAUUAUUAUCCAAUUGAACAUCCUAGAGAUGCGGGUGAUGUGGCAUACAGUAGUGCAAGACGACAGAUGCAUGAAAUUCAUUCACAUUUGUUAAACUUGAGAGAUCAAAUGGAAUAUCUGGCAGACGAGUCGGAGAAUUCCAAUUUGAAACCAAGUAGAUGUAGUGGAAUUUCUUCAGGGGAGAAAAAAUAAUCCCUAUAUCCUAGUUUUUUUUAAAAAAUGAUAUUACACAUAGAGUAUGAGCUAAUUUUUUUAGAUUCUGUUGGUUUUAUUCAUAUGUAUAUAAAAAGAGAUGUUUUAUUUGUAUAAAAUUUAACAAGGCUGCAUAAAAGAAGCUUUUGCUAUUUUUAACUGAAACUGCUCACACGCUUUUGUUUUACUACAUCAAAUGUUUAUGAAUGGUAUGUAUUAGCAUUUUUAGUUGAGAAACAUAACAUGCUAGGUCUGAUUUUUAAAUAUAUAUUUUUAUUAUUUUAUUUAGAAAAAAAGUUGUAUAAACAACGAAUUUUCUGCAAGGAAAUGAUUACCAUCAGAAGUCUAAAGUUUCUUAUAUACUAAGAACGUACUUUGAAAUAAAACAUUGCAAAACUUAUAAAACUAACAA